AUGGCGGGCGCCUUGCCCUUCACGCCUGAUAACCCGCCACCUCGUGCUGGUAGCAGCUUUUGGAACCCGUCGAACACCCGCACACCAUCGCAGAUCGCCAGGAUCAGAUAUAGAGAGACCGAAUACUUCAGGCUCUGGCGCCGAGGACUCAGGUACGAGUGGGAAGAGCCAAAGGAGAACCGGCCAGUGGGAGACCUCCCGGGGCGGCGGAGCGGGCGAUGGGGCGGUCAGCCAAUGACGGAGGCGUCCAGCGUCGGGUACCGCCGGGAAGAUCAAAGAGAUCUCAUACGAUAUUAUCGGUCUGUGGGUGCAUCACCACCAGUACGCGUCGCGGGACCUGCUCAGGCGGCUGUGAGGAGGCUCCUGGGUGCCUCGCUCGUCAAGAUACUUGGGUUUGGCGGGUUCGGAAUCGCGGCUUUGCUGGACGUGACCAGCAAGCAGGGCACGGUCACCAGAUGUGUGAUGAAGACAUUCAUCGGAGACGAGGACGAUGACGACGACGACCUGAAGACGGAGAGGGAGUUGCAAAUAUCCUUGAUAAGAGCGAUGCACGUGGUGCAGCUUGUGAGGUGGUCCACACUGACAGGCACACCGGUAACUUUAGAGGAUGCCCUAAUUGAUGACAACCCGAACUUCUUCUUCAUGGAGCUCAUGAAGCAAGGUGAUCUUAAACAGGCCAUCGGAAGGGCAGGAAACGCUUACAGGGGAGAGAAACUACCCAGCAGAUUGCUCUGGAAGGUUUUCGCGUGCCCCAUGCGUUAUCCACCGAGACUGGACCAAAUUGAGUCACUGACAGACGCAGAAUGGAUAUCAGAAGACGGAGCCGCCAUACUGGAACAAAUACCUGAUCCAGCCGUUCGUGACCGACGUGACUACGACUUGAUCCAUUUUGACCUUGAUCCACAAAACAGAGAUUUCGAUGACAUGGUCCACUCCGCCGUCCCUCUAUUUAAGAUUGCCGACCUCGGUCUUGCUGAGCGCAAUCGAGGUGAUGCUUUGACUAAAGAGCAACCAGACCGCGCGAAAUGCAGCCUCCGCUGCAAGUCGCGGCGAAUUAUGGAUCAUGAUUUACCUAACAAUGAUACUUGGAAGUGCAUGCAUAUGGUGAUAACACUUUACACCUUCCCAUACCCUCCACUCACAGUCGGCCCUUUCAAUGGUCAAGGCCUACCCUGGGAGUACGAAGGUGUGGGUACUAUACAGGAUAUCAGCGGCACAGAAGUACCACCUUUCUAUUCAAAUGGUGCCGGGCUAGUGGACGAAAGAGGACUCGAUCCACGUCUGCGAAACCUGCUCAUUCGAUGUCUGGCAGUGCUCCCUGCCCACCGGCCAGGACUGGAAGAGCUGCAGUCCUGGGCCACCCAGGCAGAGUCAGACCCAAAUUUCUUUGCAACAAUUAGCGGUGAUGUGACCUCGACUGAACUGUCGGACCAAUUUAUAUCCCCCUCCGGUUACGAAUCAAACUCCCUCACCAGUGGCGAGAGAAGCGUCGGGUGA